CAUUGUGGACGUGUGUAUCAAAUGUUUUGUUGUGUGCCAAAAAUAAGUUUCGAGGUUAUGAUGUUCGUUGGACGACCGUCACAUCCGAAUCGUUUAUUUUCGAAAUGAAUUUCAAAACAUUGGCGAGAAAUUUGAAAUUACAACGAUGGCUGGUGGAAAGCAAAAGGAAUUAUUCGUCAGAGGAACUUCGAUUGGGCAAAUACAAAAGUGUCGUUGGCCUCGAAGUACACACACAAAUUUUGUCAAACAGCAAAUUAUUUUCGGCAGCACCAAAUGAUCCGUCCGCACCAGCAAACACAGCUGUUUCCCUGUUUGAUGCUGCCACACCAGGAACAUUGCCGAGAAUCAAUCGACAUUGUGUGGAAUCAGCGGUGAGAACAGCCAUGGUAUUUAAUUGUGAGCUCAAUCCAAUUUCAAUGUUUGAUCGUAAACACUAUUUUUACGCCGAUUCUCCGGCUGGCUACCAAAUAACUCAACAGCGCCUGCCAUUGGCUGUCAGUGGAAACAUUUCGUUUUUCGUUUUCAAUGUAAAGAAUCCCUAUCUAAAAUCGUCGAGCAUACAUCAAAUCCAGUUGGAACAGGACAGUGGCAAGUCAAUUCAUUUUCCUGGCACCCGAACGAGUCUUCUGGAUUUAAAUCGUGCCGGUGUCCCAUUGAUGGAAAUUGUUUUUGAGCCAGAUUUAUCAACUGGCGAAGAAGCAGCAGCAUUGUUAAGAGAGUUAGCUCUGAUUCUUACACGAUUGGAAGUUUGCUCAUGCAAACCAGGUGCCUUGCGAUGCGAUGCAAAUAUUUCAAUUCAUAAACCGGGCGAACCACUUGGUGUUCGCAGUGAAGUAAAAAACAUUGCAUCCGUUCGUGCUGUAGCCAAAGCAAUUGAGUACGAAAUUGCCAGGCAUGUCGAAGUGAUUGAAAGUGGUGGAAAAAUUGUGAACGAAACAAGAUCAUGGGAUGAUGAAACGGGAACCACCAUUCGGAUGCGUGACAAAGAAGUUGUACAGGAUUACAGAUUUAUGCCCGAGCCAAAUUUGCCGCCGCUGAAUUUAGCCUCAAUUGAUAUAGAUGCCAUACGGGAUAGUAUACCGGAAAUGCCAGAUCUGACGAGAGAUGCACUAAGCAGUUAUAAUUUACGACAGCAAGAGGUUGAAAUCAUGGUGAAAUACACAAAUCUAUUGAACUUAUUCCUGAGCGUUGUUCAAAAGGAUUCGAGCAAAGAAGUGAAAAACCUAGCUACAACACUGCUCAAAUACCAUGUACUUGCCUCAUGUAAUCAAUUGAAAAUACGACCGCAAGACUGCCCAUUAACAGUGGAGAAUUUUUCGGAAGUAAUGGAAAUGCUGCGUGAGAAUGUGAUAAAUGUUGCCAUAUCGGAGAAUGUAAUCUUCCAUAUUAUCGAGAAUCCAACCGUCUCAGCUAAACAGUUCGUAGAGGAAAACAAUCAAAAGGUGAUUCGAGAUUCCGAAGAGUUGCGGAAGCUAUGUAAACUGGUAAUUGAAAAAUAUGACAAAGUUUCGAAAAAAGCGAGACGCGGCAAAGAAGGCGAAUUCGAUAAAUUGGUGAAGGCACUUUUGAAGGAGUCAAACAAACGGGCUGAUAUUGCUUUAUCAAAAACAAUUUUGCAGGAACUACUAAAAUCCAAAUAGAUUUUGAAAAAAAUUUGUUUUUAAAUGAAAUGAUUUCCAUGUGUUCAAAUGAAGAAUCAGCUGAUUUUGUCUAAGUUAUAUUCUGGCCGAAAUACCCAUUUCAAAUACACAUUUACCGGUUUUCGACCACACAUUCUGGUGCUGAAUAAGAAAGACUUGAGCGACACAAACACAUACUAUGACAUAGUGCACGACUUAUCAUUUAACGCUAAAUUUCAUAAUGUUAACAAUUAUAAAAAAUUAUGAAACAAAAAUAGAAAAUCUCGUCAUAUUGUGGUUGUUAGGUGUGAGUUGUA